ACGGAUAUGGAACACAGAGAACGGCACCUGCAUACGAACUAUCUACGAGUACUCUAAUCCGCCGCUGGGCCAUAUCAUGUACUCCAAAGAUUCCAAAUAUAUUCUUGCUUCCUAUCUUAACAGCCAGAUCCGAUUGUGGAACAGUCACAACGGAAAGUGUUUGAAAGUGUAUAGUGGCCAUCACAAUGUGCGGCUGUGCUGUUUUUCGGCACUCGCAGACGAAGAUACACACCCGCUGGUACUCAGUGGGAGCGAGGAUGGAAGGAUACUGAUCUGGGAUAUGCAAUCAAUGACUCAACUCCAGGUGCUGGAGGGUCAUACAGAUAUUGCCAUUUCUAUUUCGCACAAUCCCACCUCCGGUCAGUUCGCGUCCGGCUCAGUGGAUGGUACACUGAAGAUAUGGAAACGCAUAAAGUGA